GAGCAGAGCGAGACGAGCCGGUAUUUUCAAAACUUUCUGGCAUUGCGUCGAACGUUUGAAGAAGGGAAUAGCUAGCCGUUAGCUUUCAUGUAUACCAUCUAGAAGCGGGGCGUUUAGCCUUGUGUUUAAAACCUGCUAAAAUACAAUUAAUUCAAGGAAAAUGGACGGAGAGCAUCCCACCGCCGUCAAGAGCAGAAAAGAACUGCGCAAGGAGAGGAUUAUGGGAUACUUGACAAAUAAAGGGAAGCUCAACUCCAAGCCAAACAUCGUGUGUCUGGGGAAGAAGUCUGAGACUGCACAACUGUCUGCACUACAGCUCAUCAAGGGCAAAGCAAAUAAAGCUCCGGUCACUACUUUUCGUUAUGAAGCCAAAAACGUACAACCCUUGGCUCCUGUCAACAACCGAAAGCCGCCCAGAAAGACGUUUGUUAUUGCAAACAAAGAGAAUGUACGGACUGAACGUCAGUCGGAACAGUCGACACUCUGCAAAAGGUCAUUCACAGGAAUGUACACUGUUAACACUCUGAAGGCGACCAGUCUUCCCAAAAAGCCUCCAAACGUCAGGAUACAGCUCACGGGAAAAGCAUCUUCGACCUUUUCAGUGGCAAAGAACUCAAACAGCGCGUUUAGGCCACCGUCAAAUCCCGCCACUUCUUAUCUGGCAAAGAAUUACACUCUUGACUAUGGGCCCCGACUUAGUCUGGGGCCCAUAGUCAAGACCAGGACGGGGCUCAUCCCCGCCAUGAUCCAACCGAGGGUCGCCAGGCCUCUCCCAGCUGCGGACGCCGGAAUCGUUUUUUCGAGAGUCACCGUCCCAUCUUCCAAGGCUAUGGUGAAGAAAAUUCCACUUCACCAGCGGUCGGCUGUCCCUCGAGAGCUCAAAUCUCUCCCUGGUAAACAGCAGUCUUGCAAAAGCGAACUCAAAUCAAAGGUGACCGCCUCAACUUCUGCUAAGCUACCAGAUAAUGUGCCCAAGCUACCGGCGAAGCACACGUCUCAACCUAAAAGCCGGCCGAUGACACAGAAGUCUGCAAUAGGUGGACGCACGUCUAAAAAGCCGGGAAUGGUGAGCAGAAAACCCAUGGCGGCCAAACCUAAGAUGACCGACGCUGCUCCGAAAAUAAUGAGCGCCCCCGUGGCGAAGCAGACAGCAUCCCGGACCACUGUCACUGUUGUCACCCAACCCAGGUUACUGACCAAAGCGACAAAGCCUCAAACGGUGGGGAAGAAGAUGGCUGCUGAGCAAGAGGAGAGAAUGAAAAAACUGCAGGCAUGGCGGGAAGCCAAGGGAAUUUCCUACAAGCGUCCUCCCAUGCAGGUGAAACCUCUGGUCAGACGCGCCGCCGCUGCGCCCCAACCCUUGCGGACAACCCUGAAGGUGGAGGAUGACGCUUGUGCGUUCAUUCGUGACGCAGAGAGGUCGCUGUCUGACUGCAUUAAGCUGCUCGCUGAGGGUUGUCCAGCAGCGCAGGUGAGAGAGGUGCUCUCCCGGCUGCCACCAGUGUCCCAGAAGUUUGCCAAAUUCUGGAUCUGUAAGGCCCGCCUAAUGGAGCAAGAGGGUGACCUGGACAUCCUGCCUAUGUUUGAGGAGGCCGUGCGUGUCGUGUUGGAGCCCGUGGAUGAGCUGCGCACGGUGGUUUUUGACAUCCUAAAGAAGAAGGACGAUACUCAAGCAGCCCGUGAGGGAGACGAGACAGAAGCGGACCGCACUCCAAGCAAUGACGAGGAACCAGACAAUUGCAAGGACGAGGACCCAAUGGAGACGCCCCCGGUCCGGGUCCUCAUCUCUGGGGAGAUGGGACCCUCAUCCAAUGUCAAGUACAAGAUCACAGCCACCCCUGGAGCCCCGUUAAGCCAGCAACGGAAACCGAUACACGUGGAUGGACAUGUGGUGCGCUUCUUCACACCGGUGCGUCGCUCGGUGCGCAUCGAGAGCGCGUCGCGGCGCUAUCCCGUCCCCUUGCGGGAGCACGACCAAUGUGUGGCAUCCUUCGCCGAGUUGCUGGACACUGAGGAGGAAGAGGAGGCAAAGGCGAGAGGCGACACUAUGUACGUCUACAGGGAGAACGAGGCACUCGAAGACAAAGUGGUUGUCCGGCUGGUGAGAGAGCAGGACACACAGUCCUGACUGGCUGUGGAUGGGCCUCUACAUUAGCCGUUUCCAACAUUUUGACCCUUUCGUGCCACCCAUUAAGAUUUUGUGACAUCACCACUGGAGUGUAUCAAUCAGCCAGGGGAAGGAGGAAACAUGAUGAUGACCAUAGAACAGGAAAUGGAACUUCCUGGCAUGCAGAUGAAAGGCUUAACUGCUCUGUAUCAAUAUGAACAAUACAUUGGUGUGGGGGGGGGGAAUUACCAAGCGGAUGCUAACAUGAUUAGCAUGCACGAUUGUUCUGCUGUAUACUGAGCAAGACAUCGAGCGACCUAAGAAGUUCACUGACAAACGUUCAUUUCAGCUAUUCUGUGAAACUCCUUCCUGUUUUCCCUUAUAUGAGUAAUUUUACUCUUCCCUCCACCCCCCUUAGUUUUCUGUUUUAAAUUGUGGUUUUGUUUUACAGAAGUGUGUGUGUUGUACAUUGCAUUGUACAGUCAUUAAAUAUAUUAUGGUGACA